CCCGGCCUUGCCGGAGUCCGGUGGGUCCGCGGCUAUAAAGCUAGUGGCGGAGGGGAGGCGGCUCGCACUACCCCUUCGUUGGUCGUUCACUUUCUACGACCACCGCCCGGUCAUAUUUGGUGCCUGAAGGAGGAGACAGAGUGACAGACCUGGAGACUGCAGUUCUUUACCCCUCACACAGUUCUUUCACCAUGCCUGGGUCACUUCCUUUGAAUGCAGAAGCCUGCUGGCCCAAAGAUGUGGGAAUUGUUGCCCUUGAGAUCUAUUUUCCUUCUCAAUAUGUUGAUCAGGCAGAGUUGGAAAAAUACGAUGGUGUAGACGCUGGAAAGUAUACUAUUGGCUUGGGCCAGGCCAAGAUGGGCUUCUGCACAGAUAGAGAAGAUAUCAACUCUCUGUGCAUGACUGUGGUCCAGAACCUUAUGGAGAGAAAUAGCCUUUCUUAUGACUGCAUUGGGCGGCUAGAAGUUGGAACGGAGACAAUCAUCGACAAAUCAAAGUCAGUGAAGACAAAUUUGAUGCAGCUCUUUGAGGAGUCUGGGAAUACGGAUAUAGAAGGAAUAGACACAACUAAUGCGUGCUAUGGAGGCACAGCCGCUGUCUUCAAUGCUGUUAACUGGAUCGAGUCCAGCUCUUGGGAUGGACGGUAUGCCCUGGUAGUUGCAGGGGAUAUUGCUGUAUAUGCCACAGGAAAUGCCAGACCUACAGGUGGAGUUGGAGCCGUUGCUAUGCUAAUUGGGCCUAAUGCACCUUUAAUUUUUGAACGAGGACUUCGUGGGACUCAUAUGCAACAUGCCUAUGACUUUUACAAGCCUGAUAUGCUUUCUGAAUAUCCUAUAGUAGAUGGAAAACUGUCCAUACAGUGCUACCUCAGUGCAUUAGACCACUGCUAUUCUGUCUACCGCAAGAAGAUCCAUGCCCGGUGGCAGAAAGAGGGAAAUGAUAGAGAUUUCACCUUGAAUGAUUUUGGUUUCAUGAUAUUCCACUCACCCUAUUGUAAACUGGUUCAGAAAUCUCUAGCUCGGAUGUUGCUGAAUGACUUCCUUAAUGACCAGAACAGAGAUAAAAAUAGUAUCUACAGUGGCCUAGAAGCCUUUGGGGAUGUUAAAUUAGAAGAUACCUACUUUGACAGAGAUGUGGAAAAGGCAUUUAUGAAAGCUAGUUCAGAACUCUUCAAUCAGAAAACAAAGGCAUCUUUGCUUGUGUCAAAUCAAAAUGGAAAUAUGUACACAUCUUCAGUGUAUGGCUCCCUGGCUUCUGUUCUCGCACAGUACUCACCUCAGCAGCUGGCAGGAAAGAGGAUCGGCGUGUUUUCUUAUGGUUCUGGUUUGGCUGCCACUCUGUACUCCCUCAAAGUUACACAAGAUGCCACACCAGGGUCCGCUCUUGAUAAAAUAGUAUCAAGCAUAUGUGAUCUUAAGUCAAGGCUUGACUCGAGAACUUGUGUGGCACCAGAUAUUUUUGCUGAAAACAUGAAGCUCCGAGAGGAUACUCAUCACUUGGCCAACUACAUUCCCCAGAGUUCCAUAGAUUCCCUCUUCGAAGGAACAUGGUACCUAGUUCGAGUAGAUGAAAAACACAGAAGAACCUACGCUCGGCGCCCCUCUCUAAACGACGACACUUUGGAUGAGGGAGUAGGCCUUGUGCCCUCGAGCACUACAGCCGAGCAUAUUCCAAGCCCUGCUAAGAAAGUGCCAAGGCUCCCUGCAACAGCAGCAGAACCUGAAGCAGCUGUCAUCAGUAACGGGGAGCAUUAAGAUACUUCUGUGAGGUGGAGGAC